CAGGAAUCCCCAAAUGCGGGCAAUUCCAGUUGGAGGUGACCAACUAACUUGUGAGAGGAUAAGAGGUGCUCAUAUGGCCCGUCUUGAUGCUGAUAGCCAAGAGGAAAGAUUGGAGGGAUUGAUAACGAUGGUUGAAGACUUUCAUGAGAAGAUAAACUUUCUACAGGCAAUGAUGGAUAGAUUCUACAAAACAGCCAGUGCAAGAGAAGCAGGAACGUUAUACCAACUAAGAAAUACCAUCAAUAGGAGAAAUGUGGUCAAAAACGUGAGUGCCGAUUAUCAUGCUGUUGGAUCUUUCAUUGAUUUAGUGACAAGUGCACAUGUGAUUGCAGCAGCUUUGAAAGCAUUUGGCAUGUCAAAUAUUGAAGACCCAUGUCCAAAAAUCCCUAUGUUUACUGAUCAAGCUGAUGAAGGUUCAAGGAAGAGACUUUUGGAUAAAAUAGUUGGGGAUAUGGUGGACACGUUUUUCUUGAACAGCCUAGCAGUAACAGUGAAUAGAAUUGAGGGUAAUGAGAAUGACAUUGAGGGGCCAGUUACUGAUGAUGGUGUGUAUAAUUAUGCAACAAAUGUAACCAAAUACGGACUUUUGAGAAAAAUUUCUGUUUUGGCCACCAGAAGCGGAGAUGGCAUUCGACAAAUAAGGCACUGGAAAUAUGCCCUGUUAGUGUAUGACCUAUCACACAAGAUAAAAUACAGACUUGAAUCAUUCCUUCUUUUAGCUGGUGUGAAUGCAGUCUUCACAGAAAAGCAAAGACAUCAGGUUAUUUGGAACCGUUUUGUAAAUUUGUCUGGUGGAAAGGAUAAAAAUCUAGAUGGCGAUUACGUGAUGGAGUUGCUCAACAAGUACGCAGAAGGCCGAGUUAAAUUACUAGGACCAAAUCAAACACCGGAAGUUGUAGACAGAAUAAGCAAAACCAUGAUGUUUUGUCAUAAUGUGAAUGAAAAGCUGGAAAGAGAAAUUGGUGUCCAUCCAGGAGGAACUGCUCAUGCACAAAGAGAUAAAACACAAGAUAUCAGAGCUGUUGUGAACCAGUUAAAAAAUGCGGACGUAUUUUCUGUUAUUAGUGGUAGGCGACAUAACUCUUUCAAUGAACAGUUUGACAUGUUCCACAAUGUAGAUUCACAAGUCCUUCAUAAGUGGUUAAAUGACAAGAAACUGGAGUAUUCAAAUGGAAAGUAUGCAUUUUAACUGACUUGAUACAUGUAAAUGUGCUGAACACUAGCGAAAAAUUGUGUAGAAUUAUUUUUUCACUUUAGAGUAAAAUUAGCUCUAAACAUGUUAACUCUGAGAAGUUUGCUUUGCUGUAAAAAUAUGCUCUUAUGAAAAAGAAUGGCUGUAUAUCCACAAUACAUUUUGUUCUUUUGUAUGGGUAAAUAAGUUUGCAUAUUUAAAUGCCUUGCUGAUGUUUGUUCUAAAAUUAUGUCCGGGUCUGGAGAUAAUAUAAAACUUGUACCAUACUCAUACUCAGCCAUGUUUGUUUUGAGUACACUUCCUGUAUACUUGAACAAAUUUGAGCAUGACUCCAUUUGAGUAUGAUUUUAUAAUUUUUUUUUAUAACUUUCACUUUUGAGUACGAUUUAGAGCACUGAGUUUGAGCUUGAGUAUGAAAAUGUGCUCCAAAAUGUUUUAUAACCUCCAGGCCAGAUCAAACUAUGUACGAACCCAAUAUAAGGAAUGUAAGCCUCUCAAACAAUACACAGACAUUUUUUGAUAAGAAUGUUUAUUGAGACAGUGCUUUGUGUCACAUGUAUGAAAAUGGGGUGUACAAUCAGGAAUAAUACCUGAAGUUAUGAAAAUCAUCAAUGUUACUUCUCUGUUUACUGUAUACAUAUAUAUCAGAGAUAAAGACCUUCUAAAGCACUUUGAAUCAACAUCUACUUGGACCCUUUACAUAUUAAUCUGGAAUAAAUGUAGACCAGUUAUUUCAUCAUCAUGUAUUAAAUGUUGGGGCCAGAUGAAAAUGAAACUAUGGUAAAUAAAUCAAUCAUCAAGUAUUUCAUCAAUAAUAUCCAUCACUGAUCUUGCAAGAUGUCUGUCAAAUAUGUACUCUGACAAUAAAUCGUCAACACUA